AUGGCGUCGGGCGGCUCCCCCACGGACCGACUCCCGCCGCCCUUCCCCGGCGCGGAGGAGGAGGCGGCCGGCGGCGCCCCUUCCCCGGAGAGCGACUCGGAUGGGGAGGACAUUUUCAUCGGCAGCGCUAGUAAGCCAAUGUCUCCUAAGAAGGGGUCCCCUGUACCAGUAAGAAACAGUUCCACAACUAACGGUGUGCACGAAGACCAAGAUGAUCAGGAUUUAUUUGCAGACGCCACUGUCGAGCUGUCUCUGGAUAGCACACAGAACAACCAGAAGAAGGAGGCUGCUCCCGUGUUUAGUCCUACCCCUUCUCUAGAGGGAACAGCAAACUCAUCUUCCACGCACCAGUCCACAACCUACGAGGAGCUGGAAGAAGAAGAGCAGGAAGACCAAUUUGAGCUUACAGUGGGAGUGAGUGAUCCAGAGAAAAUCGGGGACGGUAUGAACGCCUAUGUCACCUACAAGGUCUCGACGCAGACCACUUUGCCGAUGUUCAGGAGCAAGCAGUUCUCGGUGAAAAGGCGGUUCAGCGACUUCUUGGGCCUGUAUGAGAAGCUGUCGGAGAAGCAUGGGCAGAACGGAGUCAUAGUCCCGCCGCCUCCUGAGAAGAGCUUGAUAGGAAUGACCAAAGUAAAAGUUGGGAAAGAAGACUCCUCCUCCACAGAAUUCUUAGAAAAAAGACGAGCUGCUUUGGAAAGGUAUCUUCAAAGAACCGUCAGUCACCCUACGAUGCUGCAGGAUCCAGAUGUUCGGGAAUUCUUGGAAAAAGACGAGUUACCCCGAGCGAUCAGCACCCAGACGCUAAGCGGCGCCGGCCUGCUGAAGAUGUUCAAUAGAGCCACCGACGCCGUCAGCAAGAUGACCAUCAAGAUGAACGAAUCCGACAUCUGGUUUGAGGAGAAGCUUCAGGAGGUGGAGUGUGAGGAGCAGCGGCUGCGGAAGCUACACGCUGUUGUAGAGCUGCUAGUUAACCACAGGAAAGAGCUGUCGGUGAACACGGCCCAGUUUGCCAAGAGCCUGGCCAUGCUGGGGAGUUCCGAGGACAACACGGCCCUGUCCCGGGCUCUCUCCCAGCUGGCAGAGGUGGAGGAGAAGAUCGAGCAGCAGCAUCACGAGCAGGCCAGCCACGACUUCCUCCUCCUGGCGGAGCUGCUGAGCGACUACGUCCGCCUCCUCUCGGUUGUCCGGGGUGCCUUCGACCAGCGGAUGAAGGCCUGGCAGCGCUGGCAAGACGCCCAGAUCAUGCUGCAGAAGAAACGGGAGGCGGAGGCCCGGCUGCUGUGGGCCAACAAACCGGACAAGCUUCAGCAAGCCAAGGAGGAGAUCUCAGAGUGGGAAUCGCGAGUGACGCAGUACGAACGGGACUUUGAGCGGGUCUCGACAGUUCUCCGCAAAGAGGUGUUGCGGUUCGAGAGAGAAAAAACAAAGGACUUCCGGACCAACGUGACUAAGUACCUGGAGACCCUCUUGCAUUCACAGCAGCAGCUUGUCAAGUACUGGGAUGCGUUCCUGCCAGAGGCAAAGGCCAUCUCCUAACCAGACUGAGCAAAUGCCUCCCCAGCCCAGACUGAUGCUGCCUUGACUACAUUAUACCUCCUUGGCCUUUCAGACGGAUCCUCC